AUGUCGUCUAUAAGUGUGCUACCUGUCGACCCCAGCGCCCCUUUCACGAGCGUAGAUUCCACGAGGAUCUGUAUGACCCCUUCUGCCUUCGAGGCCACGCUAUGCAGCCUUGGAAAGAUGCAUCUGCUCUACAGCGCGCAGAAGGAGACGAUCAUCACGCUCACAUCCCUCCGUAUCAAGUUCGCGCACAAGACGGGCAGCGCGCGCCGCGAGGCUGUCCGCAAGGCCAACAGGAGCAGUUUCAAGCAGAUUCACAAUCUGCAAGAGUGUGCAAGGCAGCAAAGUAUUGGUACACGUGUAUGGGUACGUUAUUUUUUGCUAGCAUUCCUUGACCUCGUUUCAGCGAUCGCUGAAAAGUGCACCGCAUACAGCUUCACUCUGAAGACGAAGCCUACGUAUCCUUUUGACCCUCGCCUUACGCCCCCUGCGUAUGAGAAGCCUCAGUACUCUCCGCUCUCUCAGAAGAAUUUUUGCGGGACCAGAGUCUCGAUUCUCAUGUCGCUGAUACGAUCUUUUCUUACCGUUGCACUGCGUUCAGCAUCCCUUGAGCCCGCUUCAACCGCCGCUACUAUUCUCGCCCCGUACAGUCUCGUCCCGACUAUCGGAAGUGUUCUGUAUCCUUACACCGUUGCUAUUAUUUCUAACAAAACAACGUUUCUUGCAGUCACCGAGGGCGCUCCGGAACCGGCCAAGUUCUCUGGAAUCUAUGUACAAGGUGCAGCCGACGCCGCGCCGCCGGUCCUCGUCGGCAAGGGCAUCACGUUCGACUCGGAAGAAAUCUCCGGCGCUCACACUGAGUGCUACCACAUCGAACAGGGCAUGUCCCGAAUGCACGAGGAUUCGGGCGGUGCUGCUACCGUAUGCGCGUCCGCGCUGGCAAUUGCUAUAAACCUAUUUAUGCUCACCCCGGGCACGGAGAACAUGUCGCAUCCUGUGGCGGACCAUCCCGGAGACAUGUCAACCACUUACAUUGUGUAUGUCAUGAAUCAUGAGCCAAUCCAGAUCGACAACACGGACGGCGAGGGCCGGCUCGUUCUGUACGGUAAGCCUAUCCUGGCGGGUUCCAUGGAUUACGACGUUAUCACAACUAUGACCUCCCGUGCUGCACUCCUGCAGGUCUUGGAUUGGCUCCAGGACGAGCUGCACGCCGCAGAUCUGCGCGAACACUACCGCUUCUGGCGGAUGCGGCUCGACGAAGAAUACGACCCGCAACUCUACGGGCACAACGUAGACCUCGACAAUGUACAUAGACGGACGGCGCAUGUGCGGGGGUGCUGCACUGCUGCGUUGUUUCUCACGUCGUUCUUCGAGGGUGUCCAGCCCGUGCACGACACGGACGAGCCCGCCAUGUGGUAG